ACGGCUUUAUUAGGCAUGGUCGUAAGUUAAUUCUUCCACGACUCAAUACCCAAACGGCAUUAUUGCCUUUCGCUUUAUCUCCUUCCUUGUCAAGUCGCAAGCGGCAGGGCAGGAAAAAACGACAAAAGGAAAAAAAAAAAAAAAGAAGAAGAAACAUAAAGAAGUCGGAAGCAGCGACUCCAGCGAUUCCCGGAGCAGUUAACCAGAAGCAGACCAUAUGGCAAUACCCGGUGGUGGUGCACACAUUCUGGUUUUCCCAUACCCUGCUCAAGGCCACAUGUUACCCCUACUCGACUUCACCCACCAGCUGGUCCUCCGAGGGUUAACCAUCACCAUCCUCGUGACCCCUAAGAACCUCCCCGUCGUCAACCCUCUCCUCUCCAGGCACCCUUCCAUCGAAACCCUGAUCCUCCCCUUCCCAUCUCAUCCCUCUAUACCCGCUGGCGUUGAGAACGUGAAGGACCUCCCCAGCAACUCCUUCAGAUCCAUGAUGACCGCUCUGCGUCAGCUCCACGACCCUCUCCUUCACUGGUUCCGGUCCCAACCUUCACCACCUUCAGCCAUCAUUUCCGAUUUCUUCCUCGGUUGGACUCAACACCUGGCAUCCCAGCUUAGCAUCCCUCGCGUCGUCUUCUCUCCCUCCGGCGCCGCCUUCGUGUCUCUCAUCAACUACCUCUGGCUUGAAACACCACAAAGAGACGACCCCAACGAUCCCGAUUUCCCCAUCUCCUUCCCUAAAAUCCCUGAUUCCCCGAUUUACCCCUGGCGCCAGCUCUCCUAUGUGUAUCGAAGCUACAUCCCUGGAGAUCCAGAAGGGGCAUUGAUAAGAGAUGAUUUCCUGGCCAACAUCGCCAGCUGGGGAAUCGCCUUCAACUCGUUCUCUGUGUUGGAACGCCAACAUCUUCGGCAUCUCGAGAAGGAUUUCGGCGAAGACCGGGUCUGGGCUGUGGGGCCUUUGCUGCCGCCUGAUGACGAUCCAACGGCUCCUUCAGAAAGAGGUGGGUCCACGUCUGUUUCAGCAGGUGGCGUAAUAUCAUGGCUGGACAAUCGGGAGGACAACUCGGUGGUCUACGUGUGUUUCGGGAGCCAAGCCGUGUUGACCAAUGAGCAGAUGGAGGCGAUGGCCGUCGGACUGGAGCGGAGUGGGGUCCACUUCGUAUGGUGUGUCAAGGAGGCCACGGUUGGACACAUGGCGGGGAAGUUCAGCGUGGUACCAGCAGGGUUUGAGGGUCGGGUGGUAGGGAGAGGGCUCGUGAUUCGGGGAUGGGCCCCACAGGUACCGAUACUGAGGCACCGAGCCGUGGGAUCAUUCUUGACUCACUGCGGGUGGAACUCGGUGCUGGAAGGUAUCGUGGCCGGGGUUCCUAUGCUGGCUUGGCCGAUGACGGCUGAUCAGUUCGUCGAUGCGAAGCUUCUGGAAGAGGUGGGCGUGGGAGUGAAGGUUUGCGAGGGUGCGUUGACCGUGCCGGACUCGAGCGUGUUGGCUAAGGCCAUGGCCGAGUCAGUGAGCGGGAACUGGUCCAAGAGGGUGAGAGCAAUGCAGCUGCAGAAGGCUGCCUUGGAGUCAAUCAUGGAGGAUGGGUCCUCGUCCAUGGAUUUGGAUCGAUUGGUUGAAGAAUUAAGUGAACUUUGAUUUUGGUAGCUAAAAAGCAAUGGCUGGUGACCUAAACGAGACACGUGGAUGCUUCCAAUUGGUUAGGUUAUUUGAUCUCUUUUGUAUGGGCCAAAAAUAGAUUGUUUACCAUACUUUUGGAAUCUUCAAUCUUCAAUCUAUCCCCAUGCAACUAAAGCACAUCUAAAGGAGAAAUUUUUAUUUUUUUUUCUAUCACCAAGAGAAGAGGGAGAGAGACCAUGUGGGCAUUAUGUCAUCUAGGCUGUGUUUAGUAGUCAAGAGGAGAAAAAAAAAAAAACUAUUUUCUUGAUUUAAGAAAUUCUCAUUGUAUUUGGUAUGCUCUAUAUUAAGAGGAGAUUUUUAUUUUGAAUUUCAAAAUUCACAUUGGGGAUA